UGUGGUGGACGGCCGGUGGGCGCGCUCACCUGUCGCCCAUCCAGAACUUUCCUUCAUUGAGUCCGGCCGGCCCGGGAACGUAACGUGGAGGCGUUUUUUUUCUUUUCCCUCUGAGCUCCUACCAGCCGUGACUUGGCCAUGCCGAACUCGCGGCCUCGGUCCAGGCCCCGCCGGGGCGCCGCCAUUGCUGCGGGCCGGGACGAGCUGGUGUCGCGGUCCCUGCAGAGCGCCGAGCACUGUCUGGGCGCCCGGGACUUCGGCACGGCCUACGCUCACUACCUGCUGGUGCUCAGCCUGGCCCCGGAGCUGAAAGACGGCGUGAAGGAAACUUUUCAGUAUACAUUGUUCAAAUGGGCAGAAGAACUUGAUGCACUCAAUCGAAUACAAGACUUACUCAGUUGUUACGAACAGGCCUUGGAACUAUUUCCUGAUGAUGAAGUGAUUUGUAAUAGUAUGGGGGAACAUCUCUUCAGAAUGGGAUUUAGAGAUGAAGCAGCUGGAUAUUUUCAUAAAGCAGUAAAGUUAAACCCUGAAUUCAAUGAUGCAAAGGAGAAUUUUUAUCGUGUUGCAAAUUGGUUGGUUGAGCGCUGGCACUUUAUUAUGCUUAAUGACACCAGAAGGAAUCUUGCCUACAAUGCAGCAAUCCAAAAGGCUGUCUGUUCGGGGUCCAAAAGUGUUUUAGACAUUGGAGCAGGAACUGGAAUAUUGAGUAUGUUCGCUAAAAAUGCUGGGGCACUGUCAGUGUAUGCAUGUGAGUUAUCCAAGACCAUGUAUGAACUUGCUCGUGAUGUCGUAUCUGCAAACAAGAUGGACACGGGGAUAAAACUUUUACACAUGAAGUCACUUGACUUAGAAAUUCCAAAACAUAUUCCUGAAAGAGUUUCCCUAGUUGUAACAGAAACUGUCGAUGCAGGUUUAUUUGGAGAAGGAAUUGUGGAGAGUUUAAUUCAUGCAUGGGAGCAUUUACUUUUGCCACCAAAGACCAAAGGUGAAAAUGGUAAUUGUGAAAAAUAUGGGAAAGUUAUACCAGCAAAUGCUACUAUAUAUGGAUUAGCAGUAGAAUGUGCAGAGAUAAGAAGACACCAUAGAGUGGUGGUUAAAGACGUUGCUGGUAUCCAUUUGCCACCAAAUGUGAAAUUUCAGAGUCCAGCUUAUUCUUCUCUCGAUACUGAAGAAACAGUUGAGCCUUAUACAACUGAAAAAAUGAGUCGAAUUUCUGGAGGAUAUUUGGCUUUGACAGAGUGCUUUGAAAUUAUGAAAGUCGAUUUUAAUGAUCUUCAGGAAUUAAAAACUCUUACAACUAAAACACCUGGCCAAAUUAGCAUUCCUGUUAUUAAAGAAGGCACACUGGAUGCCAUUGUGGUUUGGUUUGUGCUCCAGCUUGAUGAGGAGUACAGUCUGUCCACAAGUCCUGGCGAGGAAACUUGUUGGGAGCAGGCUGUGUACCCUGUGCAGGACCUUGCAGACUACUGGGUAAAGCCUGGUGAUCAUAUUACAAUGGAAGCAUCUUGUCAGGAUUGUUACUUGAGAAUCAAUGUCUUGGCUUUGGACCAUGAGAUGGAAGUUGUAAAAAGUUUUACCAGGAAUAAAGACUUGCUAUCUUUCGGGAAUGAGGCUGAACUCUGUAGUGCCCUGGCUAAUCUUCAGACCAGUAAACCAGAUUGUGUAGAGCAAAUGUGUAUAUUGGAAUCCACCGAAAUUGCUUUGCUCAACAACACUUCAUAUCACGAAGGCUUUAAGAUGGCCAUGAAGAGAGUGUUAUCUUCUUUGGCCCCAGAGAAGCUGUGCCAGGCUAUGGAUACUCAGUGUCAGGAUAAUGAGGUACACUGUGGAACUGGACAGAGUUACACUGCACAGGACAUCCCUGAACCUUUCUAUGUGUUAGAUGUGUCUGAAGGCUUCUCUGUCCUGCCUAUAAUUGCCGGCACACUUGGGCAGGUUAAACCUUACAGUUCUGUGGAAAAAGACCAGCAUCGUACUGCUCUUGACCUCAUAUCUGAAGCCAAUCACUUUCCUAAGGAAACACUGGAGUUUUGGCUGAGGCAUGUGGAGGAUGAGUCUGCUGUGCUGCAGAGGCCGGAGUCAGACAAGUUGUGGAGCAUAAUCAUACUGGAUGCCAUUGAACCGUCUGGACUUAUUCAACAGGAAAUAAUGGAAAAAGCUGCAAUAUCCAGGUGUUUACUGCAGUCUGGAGGCAAAAUCUUUCCUCAGUAUAUGCUGAUGUUUGGGAUGCUCGUGGAGUCACAAACACUGCUAGAAGAGAGCGCUGUUCAGGGAACGGAUCGUACACUUGGGUUAAAUAUAGCACCUUUUAUCAACCAGUUUCAGGUGCCUAUUCGUGUGUUUUUGGACCUAUCGUCAUUGCCCUGUUUACCUUUAAGCAAGCCAGUGGAACUCUUAAGACUAGAUUUGAUGACUCCUUAUUUGAACACCUCCAGCAGAGAAGUGAAGGUACACAUCUGUAGAUCAGGACAAGUGACUGCUAUUCCAUUUUGGUUUCAUAUGUACCUUGAUGAAGAGGUUAAAUUGGACACUUCAAGUGAAGCCUCACACUGGAAACAAGCUGCAGUUGUUCUAGAUAAUCCCAUCCAGGUGGAGAUGGGAGAGGAACUCGUUCUCAGCGUUCAGCACCACAAAAGCAGUGUCAGCAUCACAGUAAAGAAAUGAAAGCAGUUUU